CAUCUGGAAGAUAUAUACCUUGAAGAGUCAAGAAUCUGAAAAGCAGACAGAGAAGAAGCUGAAGAAGACGAGGUAUAAGAAGAAGGCUUUGGUUUGACCGUAGCAGAAGCCACCAAGCCCCUGCCAACAUGUACCGGUCAACCAAAGGAGCCUCCAAAGCAAGGAGGGACCAAAUCAAUGCUGAAAUAAGGAACUUAAAGGAACUUCUCCCCAUAGCAGAAGCGGAAAAGGCUCGACUUUCCUACCUGCACAUCAUGUCUUUGGCUUGUAUAUACACCAGAAAAUCAGUCUUCUUCUCCGAAGGUGAAUAUUUACAAGAAAGGGAAGGUUUUCUGUCUUCUGAAGAUCUGGAUGAUUUUAUUCAGACACUUCCAGGAUUUCUCAUUGUCACCACCGGGGGAGGAAAGCUCAUAUACGUCUCCGAAAACGUCACUGAUCAUUUGGGGCAUUGCAUGGUGGAUUUAGUAGCACAAGGCGACAGUAUCUACGACAUCGUGGAUCCCGCUGAUCAUUUUGUCAUGAGGAAUAAUUUAACCUUAACUACUUCCUCUGACACAGAACGACUGUUUAGGUGCCGUUUUAACACCUCCAAGUCUGUGAGGAGACAGAGUGCUGGUAACAAGCUAGUAUUGAUCAGAGGAAGGUUUCAUGAUCCUCCAGCAGGCUCCUACUGGUCUUCAAACCCGGUCUUUUCUGCAUUCUGCAUUCCUUUGGAUCCAAAACCUCAGAUGACAGAGAACUCUUUUUUCUUUUCCUUUUUUGAGAGUCGACAUGCAAAAGACAUGGCAGUCUUGGAUGUCUCUGACAGUGUUUCUCUCUAUCUUGGAUAUGAAAAAGAGACUCUGCUUUGCAACUCUUGGUACAGUCUUGUACAUCCAGAAGACAUAUCGCAUGUAUCUUCACAGCAUUAUCGACUGUUGAAUGAAGCAAGUGAUUCUAGAGUAGAAAUGGUGCUCCGACUCCAAGCGAAAGAUAGUUACUGGGUUUGGGUUUACCUAGUCCUUCAAACAGGAACUACCGAGAUACCAGUGACUGGUUAUAAUUACAUCAUAAGUGAAUCAGAAGCUUGGUGUCUAAGACAGCAACUUGUAUCAGAAGAAACCCAGCUUGCAUACAUUCUUCGGACAACUGCAUCUUAUCAAGAAGAUCUCCUUUCCCCUGAACACCUUUCGAGUCCUGACCAAGUCUUCACACCAGUUUCUGGUACUCCUACAGAUGGUAUCUCUGUCCAAACAUUUGAUUUUAGUGGUGUCUGCAAUGUAGACUGCACUCAAGAGUACAGCGAGGGUGCCACUAUUGUGCAAGCUGACCUGCAAAUCAGCCAUCUUGGCAGUACUUCUGGCAAUAUUUCCACAGGUGAAGAUGCAGCCAGAACCAUUGUUUCAAGACAAGAAGGAAAAGACUCAGAAAUCAAUUACAGCAACUGUAUGUUUGUGCCUGGGGUCCCAUAUGAACAGAAAUUUAGAAGAGAUAUGCUCAGUAGCUCUUCAAAAGAGCUUGCCUGUACUCCACCAUAUACACCACAUCAAGGAGGCUGCAGUUUUAUGUUUGGUUCCCAGGAGUCCUUUCCUCAGUCUACUAUGACAGAUCUAUUUUAUCCCCAAGAAAACUGCAGUGUUCUCUAUGAGAAACUGCCCCCUACCCCUGACAGCCCUGGUAAUGGGGACUGCACACUUAUGAGAAUACCCGAAGUCAGGGCUCCCCUUUAUAUAGCUGUACCCCUGCUACCCGAUGGUAUUCUAACUCCAGAAGCAUCACCUGUCAAACAGAGUUUCUUCAGAUAUUCUGAAAAGGAAAAGACGGAAAUUGAUCUUCUGGCUAAGCAAAUCAGCAGUUUAGCAGAAGAUUUCAGCUCUUUUGCUACCACUAAACCUUCAUUCCAAGAACAGACAUGUACCAAACAUAACCCAGUAGUCCGCAGUUGUUCUCUUCCAGCCAGCACAUCCAGUACUCCAACUCCAAAUAACAGCUCGGACUUUCAACAGAUAAAACAGUGGAGGAGCAUUGACUUCUCUCUCUUGGCAUGCCCAGAGGAAAUCUGUUUUGAAGAAAAUGUCAUAGAGAACAUUUCUAAAGACCUACUUACACAUCUGUUUCAGAAAAGUGAAACAGGUGUGAUAUGCCACCACCAAUUGUGUGGAGAUGCAAGUAGUCCACUCAGCUUGGACACAGAAACAACAUGCAGCUUGGCUCCAUCGCCAUCUACAGACCUGUCUCCGGAAGAACAGUCCUUCCUGGAAGAGUUGGCCUCAUACGAAACAGUCUUUGAGACAUGUGCCUCAAGGUCCCCGUGUGAUGGGUUUAAUGAUGAGUUGUAUCAACUCCAGAAUAACAUGCAAGACGGCUUCCAUACAGGUAAGAGCAUUAAACUUUCCCAUAUGCUAAACUAAAAUAGUCUUAACAAUAUUUUGGAAUUAUAUUAUUUCUAGUUAAGGAAACAUAAUUUCAUAAAGAUUCUCCAUUAUUUUAUCAGCAGAAUUGCUAAGCUUAAAGUACGAAGCAAUGUAGUUAUACAUUAACUAUAAAUCAUUUUGAUCCAGUCUUUGAUAGACCGUCAUAAUAUUCUGUGACUAUUAUUACCAUGACAUAAUGCUACAGCAUCCAUGGUAUAAUAGCCACUCUAUUCUGCUACAGAAUGUCUGACUGUAAUCUAUACAAGAUGCAAUGAUAGUGUGCCAGAAAAUGUAAUGUAGAUGGAAUCUAUUUGUGUGUGUGUGUGUGUGUGUGUGUGUGUGUGUGUGUGUGUGUGUGUGUGUGUGUGUGUGUGUGUGUGCUUACCUUGUAACAAAACUGUAGUUUUGAUGUAAAAUGUAUGCAUAUAUAUCCAUAUGUUGAGACACUAAAUUCACAUUGCAGACUGGAUUAGAUUUCCAUCUGUCCCUUUUCCCCUCUGUCUACAUACAUAUGUGAAGCAAAACCAUUUGCAAUGUAAAUUUAAUGACUUUAAAAUAUGUAUACAUUUUAUGUUACAUGUCAUUUUGUUAGAAAGCAAACUUCUUUAAAGUUAAUAUGCAUGCAUAUGUAUGUGUUGGAGGUUAUCAAACAUUAAUAAACAUAAACGUUCAUGUGAUAAACAUACAGACACUGAAUAGUUUUAUCCAACUUAAUGUCAAAAGUAUAAAAAUACAUUAUCUUGGAAAAUAUAUAAUGGGCUGCUUAUGGUUGUAGUAUUUUACUGUACAAUUCCUUUUAUUUUGACUGUAAUUAUAAUACUAUUGAUUUUCACGAUUUUUAAUGCAGCCUCUUGUUUUUGUUUUCUUUCUUACAGAUGGAAGUGGAGGUGAUCCUUCGUUCUGAAAUAAGUCUGUGACUUACUUCAUUAAGUAUGGCAUAUUGUCAUAUUUUGGAGCUUCUUCUAUCAAAAUCUAAGGGAAAAAUCAAUUAUUCAUAUUUUUUUCUUUAAUGGUACAUCCACAUUUGGGUUGGUUUGGGGUAAUUUUUAAUGCAUACUGUAUACAUUUUCUUUUGAAAAAGGGAGGGAGCAAUUGUAAUAAGAACAGUUUAGGACAGCAAAUUGUGGCUGUUUGGAAAGGACAUUGUAAGAGGACUUACAUAUGUAAUUGUAUUCACUCGUAGUGAGUUUCUGUAUGUAAUUUAAUAAGAAAUAUUGAUAUUUGCCUAACAAAAGGUUACUCCGUAUGUGGCAAUUAUGUAUAUUCAGCUAGAUGGCUGGAUUGAUGUGCAACAUUGUUCAUAUAUUGGAUAACCUUCCUUAUUCAUGCCUCUUGCAUUAAGUAAUUUGACUGUUAUCUUCAGUAGGAAUUUUAUCCUACUUUAGAAACUGUCACAUCAGAAACUUCAUUCAGAAAGACCCAGAACUAUAAUAGUUUUGGAAUUGGAGUUUAUAAUAUUGUUACAUGGUUUUAUACACACUUGUCUGAACUGAGUAUUCCAGUUCAUCAGCUGUUAUUUUAAUAUAACUACUUAAAAUUCACUUUGAAGUAAAAAUUGCCUUUCAGCUUAGCCUGUUUUAACAAUUCAUCUCCUGAGUUGUGUGCAUUCCUGAACCUGAAGAGGAAUGGGGAUAAGACAAAGUUAUGUUAAAAAAAGUUAUUGAUGUCAUAUUACUAUAAAGUAGAAGUGCUUAAUCAAGUCUGUCUCUGGUAUGUUGCAGAGGCUAAGAACAAUAUAGUAAUCCAGAGAGCUUGAUAUCACUAACAUUAUUAAUCUUUCAUAAAAUAGUUUGGCAAACCUAGUAAAGACAGAAGUCUUCACCUGUCAGGUUGCAAGUUUAACUUAUCUGCCUAUAUCUUUAGACCCCUUUUUCUGGGGUCUGUGGCUGAGGAAUUUCUACUAAAUAUCAAAGACUGAUUUUUUUCUGUUUUCAUAUCAGGUGUGGAAUAAGACAUGUUAAUUUUCCUUUUCUUAAUUGUAAAAUAAUGACACGUCGUGAAUGUUAAUUGCAGCGUGUCAUCGUGCUAACGUAGGGUUGUCUACGAUCAAGUAAAAGGAUUGAAUCCUGAAUACAUUCUGAAUAUUUAUUUAAGUCACAUUUGCCAAAUGUGAAAUAUGUAAACUGUAUGUAUAUUUAAAACUGCAAGAUUUUUUAUAUAAUUUAUAAUGGACAUUGUCAAACAGUGUUCUAUGUGUGUUUCAACAUUUGUGUAUUUAUUGUAAUACACAUGCAUUUGCAGUAAAAUGCAAUUAAAAGUGAACAGUGUACCUACUGUUAUAUAAUUUUCAUACAUUUAAUAAAUAAAAUAUAUUUUUCUAUGAA